GCCCAACCCAGACCCAGCACGCCCUCGCGGUGUGCACGCCAGCCUGCGCCAGCCCGAGGACCGGCAGCAUGACUGCAGACACACAGCGCGGCGGUACGCUGGUGGCGGCCCUUGUGACGCUGACCCUCCUGGCCCGCGGCGGCGGCGCGGCGGCCGAGCGCAGGCAGCAGGACUGCUUCUGCACCGGGCUGUGGACGUGCAUCGCCAGAACGGGACUUCCCUACAGCGAAUGCGACCAGACGGGCAUGCGGGUCAUCUGCUGCGUGCCGCGGCCCGCGCUGGGCACCAUUCCCGGCCCCAUGGUCGCGCCGACGCCCGACCCGUCGCCCGCGCCGUCACCCGCCAACAACGAGGUGCCGGUGGCCGAGGCGGAGGCCCUGAGGACGGACGCCGACACCCACUUCCGCUACUCGACGGGGCGGCCGACCGGGCGAACGGCGUCCAUCUCCACGACGGCGCUGCCCGUGACGAUCUACCGGCACGCCGUCAGCACGACACCCCGUUCGGCGCCCACGGCCACGCCGCCCUCGUACACGGCCUUCGACGAGGAGGACGACGCGGAUGAAGAGGACGACGACGAUGAGAUGAUCUCAAGGACAAGCAGCAGCCCUCUGAGUACGACACCCAGGACCGUGACCACAACGACGAGGCCACCCAGGCCCCCGCAGAGGCCGUCUUCGAGCCCGAGGCCCGCCCCGAGGCCCGCCCCGAGGCCCGCCGCGAGGCCCUUCGCUGUGUUCGUGACGCCCGUGCCGGCGCAGCACGCGCAGCACGCGCAGCGCGUCGAGGCCGCGCAGGAGAUCGAGUGGGGCGACGGCGCCCCGCACAGCAACUGGAGCGAGGAGGAGGCGGUGGAGAUCAGCCGCGUGGGCGGCGUGGCCCUGCAGCAGCGCCAGCCCAAGAAGAUCGAUUGGAACAACCUGAGCAGGAAGCAGGGUCAGCAGGCCGGCCGGCAGAGCAACGCCCUGCCGCCGCCCGCGCCCAAGGACGUGACCGUGGCCCCCGUGGCCGUGCCCUGGUCGUCGUGGACGGAGUGCGGCAGGAAGGGCGCGGACUCGGGCCGCGACGGCCAAGCGGAGCCCGCGGAGUGGCCGUGGCACGCCGCGCUGCUCGAGACAGCUUCGGACCGGUACGUGUGCGGAGCCACGCUGGUGGGACCGACGUGGCUGCUCACCGCGGCGCACUGCAUCGUGGACUACCCCGACCCCAGCGCCCUCAAGGUCCGCGUGGGCGAGCUGGACGUGCGCUCCGACUCCGAGUCCUUCACCCAGGAGCGCGCCGUGGUGCAGGUGGUGGCGCACCCCGCCUUCGACUUGGCCUCUCUGCGGCACGACAUCGCCAUGGUCCGGAUCGCCCGGCCGCCCCGCGACCACCGCAACGUGGCCGCCGUGUGCCUGCCGCCGCCCGCCGCCGACACCCCGGACCACCCGGACCAGGACGACGCCGAGGACUUCCCCCGAGAGGGCACCGUGUGCGUGGUCACGGGCUGGGGCCGCAAGGACGAGGUGUCGCCGCACUCCGAGGUCCUGAAGGAGGUGCCGGUCCCCAUCUGGUCCCGCGGCCCCUGCCAGGAGGCCCUGCGCGCCCACCUGGGCCCGUCCUUCCAGCUGCCCCGGACCGCCCUCUGCGCCGGCGCCAAGGGCCGCGACGCCUGCGACGGCGACGGCGGCGGCCCCAUGGUGUGCCGCUCUGUGGGCAGCUCGGGCGGCUCGGGCAGGUGGUACCAGAUGGGCAUCGUGAGCUACGGCAUCGGCUGCGGACGCAACAAUAGCCCGGGCGUGUACACCAAGCUGUCCAGCUACACGGCGUGGGUGCGCGGCGUGGUGGCCGGUGUCCGGGACGCUGCGGCGCCAGCAGCGUCUGCCCCACGGCCCCCGGCGGCAGCGUCGCCGCUCGUCCCGGUCAACCGGGUGCCGGGCCCUCGCCCUGCCCCCAGGCCGACGGCCAGGCCGACCCCUCGCAAUCUAGUGCAACAUGUGCCAGGCCCGGCAGUGAGCAGGGUCCGCGUGAACCACUACACCGGGCCUGGGCCGUCCUCCACCACGCCUCCCAAGCCCACCUCCGCGGCCUCCAAGGCGCCCACCAGGAGCGUGGUUGUGCUUGGCAGCGAUCGCGACGAGACCGUUGAGGACGAGGAGGAGGAUCAGGAGGACUCGGUGGAGGCCGUGACACACGGGGACGACGGCCCCGCGUCCCCGGCGGUCUCGACCACGACGACGCCCUCGACCGCGACGCAGCGCUCGGGCCGCGCCAUGCAGCACAACGCGACGCUCGGCGGGCAGGGCGGGCAGGGCCGGCAGGGCCACAGCGCGGGCGUGAGCUUCUUCCGCAGCACCUUCGGCUCGAGCGGCUGGAACUACCCGCUGGAGGGCCACAAGGCGUCGGCCACGGUCUCCUCGGCCCAGAGCGUGACGCCGGCGCCGGUGGGGCAGUCGCAGCAGGUGCGGCAGGCACAGCCCUCCAAAUGGUACUCGCCGUCGUACUCGGGCAGCUACCGCGGCGUCGCGGGCGGCCCCCGACUGCCCGGCCAGAUCCUGAGUAACGUGGCCGGCCGCACGGCGGGCGGACUCAACCGCUGGUACUCGCCAUUCUACUCGGGCAGCUACCGCGGGGACUACAACGCCUUUCCGAGGGACGAGCGCGAGGACCGCCAGGACACCUCCACCACAGCCACCGCGGCCACAACGUCGUCGACCACAGCCGUCCCCAGGGCCGCAUACAAGGUGCGACCCCCGCUGGCCGCGCCUCGCUGGUUCGCCCCGCUGCACGAGGAGGCCUUCCAGGGCCGCAGCUGGUACACGUCCUUCCACAACGGCACCAUCCGCACGGGGUACUCGAGCGGCCUGGGCCUUGGCCUGGGCCUUGGCAGUGCAGGCAGCACCAAGCACCGCUUCGGCCCCGGCGCGGCCAGGAAGGACAAGGACCACACGUGGACCUUCCUCGUCAAGACGGGAGCCAAGGGCACCAGCAUCACGUUGGACAGCAGCAACAGCACCCACAGCGAGGGUACGUCCUACACGCCUUACGUGGCGGAGCAGGGCGGGCGCCAGGGCCGCACGCUGGUCAACUUCACCAACACCUUCACGUACCCCAGCGCGCAGCACCGCAACACGACUCACGCUCGCGCCGCCCCACGCGCGGCGCCCAGCGGGCUGAGCAGCAGCUACAGCAUCUACCGCAUCUACCCCAGCGUGUACAACACGGAGUACCGCGCCGCCAGCCCGCCACGGGGGCGCGACCCCAAGGCGCUGGAGAGCCCCGUUGCGACCAAGACCCCCGCGCAGGUGGCCGCCACUGUCCCUGAGACGAGCCGAAACAGCAUCGUCGGGUACAGUCACUUCAGCACGGGCAGCACGGCGGUCAACUUCAACAUCACCCACGAGCCGUUGGCCUCCUCUGCGCCCUCCCCGGCGCCAGCCCCCGCACCGGCCUUGGCCCAGGAUCGCUCUACACCGCCGCCGCCCGCCUUGCCCGCUGUAGCGGCAGAGCCCACCGUGGAGGCGGCGCCCGAGGACGUACCCGUGGUGACCACGAUAGCCGCACUCGACCUGACGACCCUGCGAGCCGCCACGGCCGAGGACAGCACGACGGGCGGGGAGGGCAUGGACGUGCCCCCAGUGUCUUUCAUUUCAACCACCGAGUCCGACACGAGCGCCCCGACGGCCACGCCGCCGGUCACGAGCACGCCCACGGAGAGCGUGACGGCGACCAGCACCGAGUACACCACCAGGGACGUCAUGACCACCACCACCGAGGCGGACGCAGCGGCCCUGCGUGGCCGAGGCCGUGCCAGGGCGAGGCUGUCGUCUGAGGACAGUGACAGCAGCGCAGAGGCCGAGGACCGCAAGGCCGCGCCUCUGCUCAAUACUGUGAGUGCGGUCAGCACGUUGGCCAGGCGCGGCGGCCAGCACACCGAUCAGGACUCGCUGUUCGCACCUCGGCGUCGACCGGAGGCCGAGCGCGUCGCCGAGGGCCUGGAGACCACCUGGGGCGACAAGACGUCUCGGCGCGGGCGCGGGCAGGGCUCGCGCGGAGGCAGGAGACUGGAGACACCUCAGACGUCCGCACACGGGGCGGACACUGACAGCACGGCCAGCAUUGCGCCGAGCCCGCGCGCGCGGAGCAGAAGCAGGUCUCGGCCGCAGUACCAGGGGCAGCCCGAGGAGGCCGUCAGCUUCAUUGCGAGGAAGCCGGUGGCGGCGAGCCCGCGCGCCAACAAGGAGCGCGUCCCCAACGCCGGCCCGGUGCGGCACAGCAGGCCCGUGGACGUCGCUGUCCAGCCCGAUACGGCGUUCGUGCACCCCGCGCACCCCGCGCAGGGCGUGGCCGACGCGGACGCGGCACGAGCGUCACGCGCUCGUGGACGUCGGCCGUCGGGGACUGCGUCGCCCACCUCGGCGCCGGCACCACCGCCACCGCCUCCACCCGCACCGACUGACCUAGACGGCCACCUAGACGGCCCGGAGGUCAUGCAGUUCGUGGCCGAAGUGAAGCCACCCAGGGCCAGAGGCAGGAGCCGGAAGAAUGACUCGCGUCGCCGAGGCCCCAGCGCCGCCAUCCCCCAGCAGGCGGUCCACGAAGUGGAGCCGGAGGAUAUCUUCGCGCCGGUCAGCGCCGCUUCACCUGCGCCGCCCCGCCACCAGCCUCAGCGCGCGUACAGCAAGAAGCCCCGCAAGCAGCUCAAGAAGGUCUCGCUGGCGUCCGGCGAGGUGCAGGAGCCGCUGGAGACGGCGUACGCGUCAAGUCCCGCAUCGCCUCGCCUGCAACACGCGUGGGGUCCGGUGGCCACUGAGGCGUCUGGCGACGUCCUGUCAGACUUGAGGGACGACGGCCUCGAGCACCGCGAUGAUGCCGUCGAGGACCUGGAGCGCGACGACAUCUACUCGUUUCUGAGCCAGCGCGCCAAGCGGAGGCGUGCCAAGGGAAGCCCCUCCCACGGUGCAGAGCCCACCAUGGCCGCCAUGGCCGAACCUCUAGCAGGGGGGCCCGGGGGCCCCGCGGGGGGCGCGCCCGCCAUGGCCGAGGCAGACCCCUUGCAGGGCCCGCAGGCGCCGCGAUGGGGCAGGAAGGGGGCCCCGGCAAGGAGGCGGGGGCUGGCGGUCAUCGACGAGUAAUGCGUUGUUAUUGUUGUUUUUAUUUUUGUUAAUGGUUCGUAGUUUGUUACUGUAUACCACCACGCUUCGUUCUUUAUAAUAAUGUAAUAAGACUGCUAGUUUUUUUGACCUCUCUACACGAGAAUCUCCUGGCUCCCUUAGUCACCUGGGAGCCCCGGGAAUCCUCAUUAACCAAAUAUAAAGUAUGAGUACUCUCGAACUGAUAGAGCUUUUUCUUAGGAUUUUAUAUAUUUGGACUAAUAUAUUCAUUCCAGUUGUUCAGUGUA